CAACUCCGAAUCAUCCCAAACCAAACAUCACGACACGAGCUCGCAAAACACUUGCCACUGAGGUUUCGCCCGAAGCAUGAUGCGACCCCACUCCGACAUGAGCCGCUCGUUCACGUAAUUUCUUGCCAAAAAACCGAGACUUCCCCUGUUACGUGCAACUGCCCGAGUUGGUCGUUGAGAGAGAUCUCGUGGCGAGUCAAUACUCCACCAACGCUACCAACCACGACGCGAAGACCCCCCAUCCCCAUUCGUUCUAAUUACCUCCUCCAUCGCAGAAGCCCAGAAGCGCGAUCUUGGCAAGCGAGGACUGAGUUUCUUGAAGGAGAGAGGGGAGAGAGGACAAUGGCCCACGCCGUCAGGACUCCAAAUUGCCCUCUGAACACGCAGGUUCUUGCCAAGAGCUCGAGACCCAGAUUCGCCGCUUCGGUUGCCUUGGGGUCUCAGUUCUUGGGUGUUUCGGAGCUGAAGAAGCAUUGCAAGAAUCAGGGGAUUUCGGUUAAAGUUCCUUCCUUUAAGGUCGCGGCUUCGGUCGCCACGGCUGAGAAGCCGUCCCAGGUACCGGAGAUUGUGUUGCAACCGAUUAAAGAGAUCUCCGGCGCGGUGAAGUUGCCGGGAUCGAAGUCGCUUUCCAAUAGGGUUCUGCUUCUUGCGGCUCUCUCUGAGGGAACAACUGUUGUAGACAACUUGUUGAAUAGUGAUGAUGUCCAUUACAUGAUUGGAGCAUUGAGAGCUCUUGGUCUGAAUGUAGAGGAAGACAAGUCUAUCAAACGGGCCAUCGUGGAAGGUUGCACUGGUCAGUUUCCCGCUGGAAAAGAGAGAGAUGAAGUCCAACUUUUCCUUGGAAAUGCAGGGACAGCAAUUCGUCCAUUGACAGCUGCAGUGACUGCUGCAGGUGGAAACUCCUGCUACGUUCUUGAUGGAGUGCCGAGAAUGAGGGAGCGACCUAUUGGAGAUUUGGUCACUGGUCUAAAGCAGCUUGGGGCAGAUGUCGAUUGUUUCCUCGGCACAAACUGUCCUCCUGUGCGCAUUAAUGCAAAGGGUGGCCUUCCAGGGGGGAAGGUGAAGUUGUCUGGAUCCAUAAGUAGUCAAUACUUGACUGCUUUGCUAAUGGCUGCUCCUUUAUCUCUAGGGGAUGUGGAGAUUGAGAUCAUUGACAAGCUAAUUUCCAUUCCUUAUGUUGAGAUGACUCUAAAGUUAAUGGAACGGUUUGGGGUUUCUGUUGAGCACAGUGGUAGCUGGGAUAGGUUCUUGGUCCAAGGAGGUCAGAAAUACAGGACUCCUGGAAAAGCUUAUGUGGAAGGUGAUGCUUCAAGUGCUAGUUACUUCCUAGCAGGUGCAGCCGUCACUGGGGGAACUGUUACUGUUGAAGGUUGCGGUACAAGUAGUUUACAGGGCGAUGUAAAAUUUGCUGAAGUCCUUGAGAAAAUGGGGGCUACAGUCACCUGGACAGAGAACAGUGUUACUGUGACUGGACCUCCACGGAAUUCGUUUGGAAGAAAGCAUUUGCGCGCUAUUGAUGUCAACAUGAAUAAAAUGCCAGAUGUUGCCAUGACUCUUGCAGUGGUUGCACUUUUUGCUGAUGGGCCCACUGCAAUUAGAGAUGUGGCAAGUUGGAGAGUGAAGGAAACAGAACGAAUGAUUGCUAUAUGCACAGAGCUCAGAAAGCUGGGCGCAACGGUUGAAGAAGGGCCAGACUACUGCGUGAUUACUCCUCCAGAGAAACUGAACGUGACAGCUAUCGACACGUACGAUGAUCACCGAAUGGCCAUGGCCUUUUCACUUGCUGCUUGUGCAGACGUUCCGGUUACUAUCAAGGAUCCAGGUUGCACAAGAAAAACUUUCCCCGACUACUUCGAAGUUCUCCAGAGUGUUACAAGCCGUUAAAAAAAUGUGAGCGGGCGUGUUGGUAAUGCCCACCACAACCCCUGAGCAAUGUCAUACCCUGUAGUCUGAUUGUAUGUUUCCCUAUACAUGAUUAUUGGAGCUAUGCCUUUCUUUUUCUUCUUUCUUGGACUGUAUUCUUGGAUCUCACCUAUAAAGUUUCAAGAGGGCCUCGUAUCUUAAUAUAAUCGGGGAACUGUACUAGCCAA